AUGACCGAGAUCCCUCGACCGACCAGUCGCAACCAAUUCCAAAUCGCAAUUCUCUGUGCGCUACCAGUCGAGUCACACGCGGUAGAAACCAUAUUUGAUGAGUAUUAUGACGAUGAUGACCACUGUUUUGGCCAAGACCCGUCCGAUGAGAAUGCUUACAUGAACGGGAGAAUCGGCAAUCACUAUGUAGUUCUUGUCUACAUGCCCGGGAUGGGAAAAUGCAAGGCGAUGACUACAACGCUGCACUUGAAGUUGAGUUACCACCAGAUCCAGCUGGCAUUACUUGUCGGUGUUUGCGGCGGCGUCCCACGCGGAAACGAUGGACGGGAUAUUUUUCUAGGCGAUGUCCUUAUUAGCGAUCGUCUCGUGCAGUGGGACAUUGGGAAGCUUUUACCCACCGCGUUCAUCCGGAAAGAUCAGCCUCAAUACGUCCAAGGCAGGCCCUGUCAUCGCAUGGAAACCUUUCUUGCCAAAGUCAACAACGCGGACGAAAGGCGUCGGUGGGAAUCUAGCAUGGCGGAACUGCUGGAGAUUGUUCAACAAUCCCUCGGCGAACAGAGUGCCGCCUACCCUGGUGUGGACAAGGAUCGUCUCUAUUUUCCAGCCCAUCUCCAUCAGCAUCGUGACUUGCGUCCUUGUGGCAUGUGUCGCUCUUGUGGCAGUUGCGAGGAGGGCAACAUAUGUCCUAAAGCGCUCAGAUCUACCUGCGACGAGCUGGGUUGCUCCGACCAUGCACAGGGCUGCAGGUCCCGACCAUCGGGAGAAUCAGACUCGGCUCCCAAGCCAGCUAUUCAUCUCGGUCCCAUUGCCUCCGGUGAUACUGUCUUGAUUUCAGGACACGCUCGCGAUCAACUUGUCGCCGAGACGGGCGUGAUUGGGAUAGAAAUGGAGGGUAUCGGAUUAUGGGAGGAGACAUCGUGCGUUGUGAUCAAAGCAGUCGCUGACUAUGCGGAUUGUCAUAAGGCCAAGCAAUGGCAGAGAUAUGGAGCGGCAAGUGCGGCCGCGUGCACGAAGGCCCUCCUGCUAGAGUACACUGUGGACCUUCCCCAAGUCUAUCCUGUCGAACAACCGGGUGGUAUCGACUCGAAUGAACGGGCUGCAGCCAGCCAUCACCGACUUCCGUUCCAGUCAGGGCGUGGUCCAUUGGCAAAAAUUGCCAGGGUCUCAACGUUGUCGGGUAUCUCGGACACUAUCAAAAUGGUUUAUUCCUUGCAUACCUCAUCCAAUCUUUGGUCUAACGUUUGUAUCGCUGCAUUGGCGUUCGUGAUUGGAUACUUGUAUGCCUCUGUUGGAGCUCAUCUGGUCGAGGCUUGUGGCCAUUGGCUCAUGUCUUAG